AUGCCGGACAAUGCUGUGGAUCCUGCAGCUAAAGACAAAUAUCUUCUACAAGUAACCGCAGGGCCAUCAUAUGACGAAUCAGAACAUAAGCCUGUAUCAGUCAACAGCGAAAAACCGACUUGUAUCGAAAGUGACAUCCUGUCGGCCUGGGUACACGUCCGCAUCAAGGAUUACCAUGGCCUACCUCAUGACUCUCCACCUUCAUCGUCUUACUUUGACCACCCACAACAUACUUCGGACCGCUACUCCAUAGCCUACUCCUUUGUCCCUAAACAAAACAUGUCUGGAUCCGACAUAGUCAUGGGCUUCGAUUAUGGCCAUUCAAUCAAGCACCAGUUACCUCCAGGUUUUCGCUACGCCAUGAAGAUUGCAACCACCCUGCUCGACUCAGGUCUAUAUUCCGAUCCCUAUUCUGACCAGCCGUACCUCUAUGGCCCGGCGCUAUCAAGUUUCUUCGCGUUCCAAAUCGGCGAGAAAAUAACCACCAUGUCUGCAUCUGACCAACUCUCCCAGCUCGAGCAGGACGCGGCCAACGUAAUCGAAGAGGGCGCGUAUGGGAGCGGUGCCGAGAUUCGCGACACUCUUAACAUGCCUCCCAAGUGGAAGAAACGCCGAAAAUUCUUCCUCAGCGAACAAGCCCUUGCUGAUUUCACGUUUGAGGAGGGAAGAAUGUAUCACGCCGACUUUUUCAAUCCGCAUCUGGAUUUUGCAAAUUUCUCGCUACGGCUACCUGGUUUCUCCAUUGGAGUUUCGCGCUACAUUGACGACAAGACGCAUCAUUUGCGGUAUGUCCUGAGGAAUCGAAGCACGGAGGAAUCUCUGAUUGUUGUGAUUUUCAAACUACUGUACGGCCAGGAAUUGAAGGACACACUCGCGCAGGAAAGGAGGACGAGCGAAUCACCUGCCGAGGCCGAUGAACCAAGCGGCACAGGACACGAUGAGCUGCCCAAGGUAUGCGCCGCCGAGAAAGCCGAAAAGAUGGCUGCGCAACGUGAAGUGGUAAGAUCGGAGCGACCGGAAUCUGGACCGCCCAGCCCUCCGCUCGACAAGCAAACCGAAAAAGGUUAUUUUGACCAAGCAACAACCGCGGCAUCAGGCUUGGCAAACUCUGUAUACGUAGCCCUAGGCUUUAGCAACUCGCAAGCCUCGACACCCGGCUCCGAUACAUCAAGCAAAAAUGAUUCCCUGUCGUCCAGUCAAUCCAUGGCAGCAGAGAUUGAUAAAAUGGACAACGAGACAGUCGAGCGGUACCUGCAGAGUCGAAACAGCAAUGCUUGA